AUUGUGGAGAUCGUCCUGGGAAGGAACAAGAAAUAAGUUAGGAAAAAAACGGGCGGGCUUCUGGGGGUUUCAUUCAAGUUGCUGAAAUCAGUCUCCGGUUUCAUCUCUUUAAGAGUGAGUGGUCAGUGUACUUAUUUGGAGAGGGAAGUAUAAUUGAUGGAUAAAUCUGCUGAUUGGUCAUUGGACGGGUGCUGUGGCUGCCGGAGAAGAUAAAAUGCCCGUGGAUGAUUCCGGAUGGGUUGCGGUGGCUCGUGGUGGAUCUCACAUGUGUGGUAUUGGUGUUAAUUGAAUCCCCUUCCCAAUUUCCCUGGCCAGAGAGUCUCCAGCAACUUCCAAACAUCCGAAAGUGCUCCGGAAGUGAUGGGUGGUUUUCGAAAAUAAUGUUUACUGGAUGUCGGUUUGUGUGGUUUAGUGUUGAUAAAAUCUCCCCAAGUGGAUUAAUUUGAAUAAAAUUGCACCCGAAGCUUCGCUGAGCUGCCACGACAGUUGGUGGGUUGUGAAAGUGAGCAAUCUGUGUUUUUCCACAAUCAUUUGCAUAUUCGGGCGGCAGAUGAAAAAAGUUUUGGAUGUGCGAAUUCUGCACAAAUUAUACAUAUAAACCUGCUUAGCUCUGAUAACAAAACGUGAGUGUGAAUCUAGAUUAGCUAGAUAAAUUUCGCACCGAGAGGAUAUCCUGAAGAAAAAGUGCUAGAAUACAAAAAAAAAAAGAAAAUAAAAUCAAAUCAAAUGGAUACCCUGAAGCACGCGGCAGAUCAGCAGGAGCAAUCGUUUCUGGCGCUGAUGGCCGCAUUGGCCAAUCAAACCGCACCGGGGGGUGGCGGAAGUGUUGUUGCCGGAAGUGGAAGAGGAACAGGAACGGGAGCAGCAGGAAUAAGUGCGAAAGCUUCCGAGGAAUAUCACCGAGGAAUAGCCGUGGGCCUCGCCGUCCAGGCCCAUGCCGGUCUGCCCGCGUUCGGUGUCGGGGAACCAUCGAUAAGUCGCAGCCUGGCCGCGCUGACCGGUAACGUGAGUGGGAUAAACGUCCAGGACGUGACCAACAACGGAACCGAUUCGGAGAUUGUUGCUCCAGGUUAUACAGACUCAACCGCUGCUGUGAUUUUCGUGUACUGUGUGAUGUUCGUGCUGGCCGCUGGCGGGAAUUUGUCGGUUGUGAUUACGCUCUUCCGGUCCCGGAGACAUCGUCGAUCCCGGGUUAGCCUGAUGAUUUGCCAUCUGGCCGUGGCCGAUCUGAUGGUCGCCUUCAUCAUGAUUCCGUUGGAGGUCGGCUGGCGGAUUACGGUCCAGUGGCAUGCCGGGAACGUGGCCUGCAAGGUGUUCCUGUUUAUGCGCGCCUUCUGCCUGUAUCUGAGUUCGAAUGUGUUGGUGUGCGUAUCCCUGGAUCGGUGUUUUGCCGUCAUCUAUCCGCUGCGGGUUUCGGCGGCUCGAAAGCGCGGCAAAAUCAUGCUCGGUGGGGCGUGGCUAAUCGCCUGCAUCAACGCGAUACCGCAGAGCAUCAUUUUCCGGGUCCAAACGCAUCCCCAGGUUCCGGGCUUCAAGCAGUGCGUGACGUUUGGCUUUUUCCGCACUCCGGGACUGGAAAUGGCCUACAAUCUGUUCUGCGUGGUCGCGAUGUACUUCAUGCCCCUGAUGGUCAUCAGCGCGGCCUACACUAUCAUCCUCUGCGAAAUCAGCAAUCGAUCCCGGGAAAAAGAAACGAGUGACACGAGCCAUACGGGAGCGAUGAGACUUCGAUGCAACGAUUUGACCCACAUCGAGCGAGCCCGCCAGAGGACACUCCGGUUGACCAUUACGAUUGUGGUCGUAUUCGUUUGGUGCUGGACGCCAUACGUCGUCAUGACCCUGUGGUAUAUGUUCGAUCGGGAAAGCGCUACCAAGGUGGACGGGGCCAUUCAAGAUGGGCUGUUCCUGAUGGCCGUUUCCAAUUCCUGUAUGAAUCCCCUGGUGUACGGAUCGUACGCAAUGAAGUGCCGCAGACCGUGUUGGCGACGACAGCAGACCCCAAACGGCGUCCAGACGCCGAACGCAGCUCAACGACGGUCGACAGAUGCCGUCUCGGGGAUGGCCGGGCCACAUUCGGAUCGCCUUACCGGUCGGGACAAUAAGGACGAGCUGGUGUACGAACAGCAGCGCAGUAUCAAAAUGAACCAGUUAAGCCUUAACAAUGGAAUUUUGCCGUUCGGUGGCCCAAGUGCCGCAGCAGGAGGACCAGGAACAGGAGGAUAUCCCCAGACCGUGACGACUCGGUUCGGCUGCUCUUCCCUGAUCAACAGGCGCCACUUGACGGAGCAAUCACUAACGCACCGCAAUCAUCACCAACACCAGACGUACAACAAUAACAAUAACCACAAGAACGCCCUGACGGAGGUGGUAGUUCAGGGCAGUGGUGCCAACUGUUCCCGCAAGGGCUACUACUACCAGCCGAGCUACAGCGAGUUUGCAGUGCUGGCAGACGAACGCUCGCUCAUCCUAUCCCGGCCCUCGUUCUACUCGGAUCCGACACCGCACGAGCUGGACUCGUCGGUCGAUGGCGGACUCACCCGAAGUCUGGACACCGGCGGCUGGCGAUGAUAACGGAGCGUUACGUUCGCUGGGCCGUUAGCCAGUGUUGCCAAUCGCCAGUAAUUUGCUACUGUAAAUAUAAUCUCAUACUUUCGGUUAAGUCGAUAAAUGUGCUGUGAUGUUAAACCGGAAUGUACCAAAUUAACAAUUCGAGGAAAAAUUGGUUUCCAUUCAAAACGAAAGGUUGAUAUUAAGUUAACUGAUUGAUGUUGUUGGAAGAUGGUGUGGCGUAACGCUGUGAAAGUUGACAAGAGUUCAAAGAUGACGACAAAGAUUAACAAACGGGUCGGAACAAAUGACAUGUGAUAGAUGAAGAGAGGAAAAGUUUUUUCUAAUAGAUUUUCUAUAUUUAGCAAAGGAAAAAGAGUCACAGAUCAUUCGAAAGCAUCUGUUUUGUUUAAAUCUCAU